AUGGAGGUCCGAGAUGUUGGGACAGUGAAUAGAAUCAGUCUCCACUCACACAUUGUGGGGCUUGGAUGCAAUGAGGAUGAGGUUGAGUACAACAAGGAUGGACUGGUUGGACAGGUUAAGGCUAGGAAGGCGAUGGUGCUUAUAAGAAAGAUGGUGGAGAGCAACAAAGGGGGAAAGAUAGUUCUGAUUAAGGGAGACCGAGGAAGUGGAAAGACCGCAUUGGCAAUAGGACUAUCGAAAAGCCUAGGGGGAGUGCAUUUUAACUCGAUCAGCGGGACAGAGAUAUAUAGUCUGGAGAUGAGUAAGUCCGAGGCUAUUACCCAGGCUCUUCGGAAGUCUGUUGGGCUAAGGAUUAAGGAGUCUGUGCGGACGAUUGAAGGAGAAGUUGUGAGCUUGAGUGGAAGGAGAAUUGUUCUCAAGACUGUUGAUAUGGAGUCUUCGUUUGACAUAGGAGAAAAGAUGAGGAAUGAGCUUGAUAAGGAGAAGGUAAGCGCCGGGGAUGUUAUAAGGAUUAUCAAGGAGAGAGGAAGAGUGUAUAAGAUUGGAACGAGCAUGGUGAAGAAGAAUGAGAUGGUAGGGAUGGAUGCACGGUUUGUUCCUUGUCCUGAGGGGGAAUUGAUAAAGAUCCGAGAGGAGAUUCAAGAGAUAUCUCUUCAUGACAUCGAUGUUAUAAACAACAAGGCUGAAGGAUACCUUGCUCUUUUCAGUGGAGAAACGGGGGAAAUUCGAACAGAGACAAGGGAUGAAGUGAACAAGAAGGUAUGGAACUGGAUCAAUGAGGGAAAGGCUGAGGUGGUCCGAGGAGUUUUGUUUAUAGACGAGGUUCACAUGCUUGACAUCGAAAGCUUUGCCUUUCUAAACAAGGCGAUCGAGGAGGACUUCUGCCCAGUGAUCCUCGUUUCAACCAACAAGAAGGAGUGUGUGAUAAAGGGAACCGACGAGACAAGUCCCUAUGGAAUGCCAAAAGACUUUAUUGACCGUGCCUUGAUCAUUUCUAUGGAGAAAUACAACCGAGAAGAUCUCGAAGCAAUCAUCAGACACAGAAUACUCGAGGAGGAUGUUCUCAUCGACGGCAGUGCUGUGGAUGCCCUUGUUUCGAUCUCCGAGGAAUCUGGGCUGAGAUACUCUAUGAACUUGCUGACAAUAUCUAGCCUGAGGGCAAGCAAAAGGGGGGGAAAGGUGGUUCUUGAGGACAUCAAAAGAGUUUCGGAGUUAUUCCUGAUGAGGCCCGCGGGAUCGAAGGCUUCAUGGUUAAAUAAAUCUUAUGUCCUCCAUUGGCUAUAUCUCUGCCUCAUUCAAUAUCAUGAACGUAGGCCUUCCGUGAGGACACUUCCAAGGCCUGUCCAAGACGCCCAAGCUCCUUACUAUCCUCUUCAUGUCCGCUGCAGAAAGAGCGUCGCCUAUCAUUACGCUUGUUCUACAUGCCUUUGA